AUGACAUCCCCUUGGAUGCUCCCCCAGGAGCUGACCGACCAGAUUAUCCAGCUUUGCUUCGACCAUCUCUGCCGCAAUCUACCCGAAACCGAGCAGUUGUUUGAGAGCGAAAUCCUGGAGUUCCUGCAUCUGAGACGUGUUUGUCCUUCGCUCAAUGCAGCUGUUGAGCAUAUACUCCUGCGCCUUGAUGCAGUCCCCCUAUGUACGGAUCAAUAUACUCCGCUGGCUAGGCUGAUGCUCCUGCAUGCAAUAAGACAAGGGAAAAAGGAAAAAUACCCCAUGGUUCCGACUAUAAGAACAGCUGGCGAUCUUAUCCUCUCGGGAAUGCGAAUUAGCAAAGUCGGCUCGCGCUCGCAGGACUGGGUUUGGAAGACGAUUUGUCUCAGUCUCACAGAUGGAGCCACCUUGGUUCGACUGUAUGAUUUCUGCUCGAAGGCGUAUGUCCGGCCCAUUCAAAUCAAACUGUCAUACUUAAUUGCCAUCCGGGCUACCGCGUACGAGGGGAGUGUGUCACUCCUGGAGGCACUCUUGGAUCAGGAGCCAGGCGCCUGUUCAAUCACUACAACAGGACUGGACCAUCCCAUUCUCACCGCGGCUCGGCGGGGGAACCUGGGCGCGGUUAAAGUUCUUGCUGAGAGGAACUCUGAAGUAGACUUUAAUUUCGUGUCUGACCGCAAUGGGAAUACAGCUCUUCACUUUGCAGCUGGGUCGGGCUGUCUCCCCUUGUUUGACUUCUGUCUCCAUCGCCUCCACAUAAGCAGCACAUUUCGCAACAUAAUUCGCGAGAGCCCGUUGCGCAUAGCAGCUUCCCUAGGACGAAUAGAUAUUGUCGAGAGUGUUUGCCGACAUCAUGAACAAGAGCACAUGAGAUCUAUUUGGAGCGGGUUCUAUUUCGAAGAUCCCAGGGACAGCGACUUGUGCGACGAGGUCUCGGAGAUGGAGACUGCUGCUGCUGCAAGUGGUCAGACUGCGGUUCUCGAAUGCAUCUUUACUAAUAUGAAGGAUCUCGUUUGGGGUUUGAUGCAUAGACGUGCAGUUCUACACAACGGCCACAUGGAUGCUGUCAAGUUGAUCCUGCGCCAUUCGGUCAUCGAACACCCAGAUCUUCUCGCAGAUGCAGCAUUGGAUGGCUUGAAAGAGUCCAUUGAGUGUGAGAACAUGGAGGCCCUGGACUACUUUCUUAAAUUUGGGUGCCCUUCAUGGGAUUUAGGAGCUGGAAACAAGGACGCUAUAGAGCUUAUCUUCGAGUACGGCAGUGACGAGGUUAUUAGGUAUGUAUCCAGCCACCCGGCGGUGCAAGGGAGUCUACUACUACACGAGGGAAUUGAAAUUCUCGUCAAUCGCUGCAGAAAGGACUUUAUCGAGGUGCUCUUUACUUAA